UGUCACCAGAGGGCAGCAGCAGCAGCAGCAGCAGAAGAAGAAGAAGAUGGGCCGUUGACGAGAGAAGAAACCCUGUGGCUAUCUUGAGCUAGCAAAGUGACGUUACUUUAGUAUUUAGUUGCUUAACAUUUUAACGUAUUGUUGUGUUUGUUCAGUGUAUCAUCAAAAAUGAUCAUCACCGUGAAACCGCUUCAAGGAAAAGAAUGCAGUGUGCAGGUGACUGAAGAUGAAAAGGUCUUCACAGUGAAGGAACUUGUGUCAGAACGUCUCAACAUACCAGCAAACCAGCAGCGGUUGCUCUAUAAAGGGAAAGCGCUUGCAGAUGAGCACCGACUAAGUGACUACUCCAUUGGGCCAGAGGCUAAAUUGAACCUGGUUAUCCGUCCAGUGGGAGAGAGAACUGGAGCGUCAGGGGCGUCUGCCAGCAGCAGCAGCACCCAGGGGAGAGUGUGGCAGACUGUGUCCACUAUCCUUGCUCGACACUUUAGUGCAUUAGAUGCAGCAAAAGUCCAUGAACAGCUUAUUAAGGACUAUGAACGUUCCCUUCGACAACUUAGUCUCGAUGACAUUGAGCGCUUGGCGGGAAGACUGCUUCACCCUGAUGGCGAUGACAUGGACACCUCUUACAUGGACUAAAAAUGUCUAGCUGGAAGUUGCUUAUUGUGAUUUGUCUUUUGAGAGGUGCUUGGAGGUGCAUACAGUGUUUGGAGAGGGUUUAAGAGCCCCAGCUGUGUACCCUAUCAUUGGUUGAGUGAACACAGAUAACACUGACUGUUGAUUAUGGCAACAAUAGGCCUUUCUUAUCCAUGACCAAAGGACUUGCAUAAGAAAACUUGACAACUUUGAAUUGGUUCCUGUCACUUAUGUUGCAGUAAUGACAAGACCUGAUCACAUAAUAUUUGAAUACAAAGGAGUCCAUUUAUGCUGUUGAUUUCGCAUGAUCUCUGGCUGCUACAACUCCCAGGAGGACCGUAAAUUCUACUGGAGAGUAUUUGUUAUUAAUGUCUGUGUUGGAUAAUGAGUGGGUGUUUUCUUUUAACCAUCCAUUAUAAGGUAAUACAUAUGUUUUAUUCUGUAACUAACUGUUUAUUGUAUGAUUUGUAAAUAUCAUGUUUAUAUAUACAGACAUUAAACCACAGAAAAAAAGA